UGCCACUGUAGGUAGUUUCUCCACCCCGUUGCACUCAAACCCACCAAUGGCCAUAUUCCAGUGAUUACUGAUUCCGUAAGAGUCACAAGGUGAGCAUGUUGUCAAUGUACGAAGUUUACAACCAAGUCACUUACGCAGCCCUGUAAAGUGAUGUUCGAUAAGCAUUGGAAGACGUGGGCAGGAACGUGGAUGGUAGGAUGGUUGUUUGGUUGAAACGAUACCAUGCUCGCUCCGCUCGCGACAAGGAGGUUGGCUGGUGUAUGAUCCGCAAUCCUGGGCCUUCCGGCCCAGUUGAGCUCAAUAUCGCUUGUAUUCUCCUUACUUCGCUCGGAACCCUCAAGCAUUCCUCGCUUCGCUCGGUCCCCGCUUCCCUCGGGACUUCGGUUCAAUUGGACUCGCUAUUACUCCCAUUCUCCUCGCUUUGCUCGGAACCCUCAAGCAUCCCUGGGCCUCGAUUUGCUCCGACUCCGGCCGAGUUAAACCUCCGUGUCGCUCGAGCGCUCCGCUCGCAUCCUCGCUGCGACUUACAUGAUGCAACCCCUGUCCUGGGGCAAGUUUUCCACCCCUUGGACACUCGUCUCUCUGUAAAAAGCCUCCAUUGCAAAGCAGACCCAUGCGUUGACUAUGCGGUAAACAAAGUUGUGUGGGCCCUUGAGCAGUGGCCGAUCGUGCUCCGAGUGGGUGGUGUGGUCCACCGUCGGCUUGUUGGUAGAAGGCGACUCUUUGGCCGUAGAGGCCAACCCAUCUGGGUUCGUCUGCGCCAUGGUUCCAACCCUGCUCUGCCAAGAGAAGACGAUGACGGGGUAUCAGGUCAGCCGACUCUUCCACUGAUAUGAACAAAGCACGAUGGCCGUAGGUUUGCAGUGAAGAUCACGGGGUACACCCACCUGCAAUGACGCCUAGAGGUUCGUUGCGUUCGUCGGUUGAGCUCGAGGACCCUGGGAGUUGGUCGCAAGCAGCGAAUAGGCUCUUCUCCUCUCUGGUCGUAGGGUCUUCUUCGCAAGCCGCUCGCUCUGUUUGCAGAAAGGACAGCGAUGGGGUUGCAGCUGACAGGGUUGAUGCGUUCCCACGGGCGUCCCA